CCUGACCUGUUGUGCUUUCUCUCGUGCAGGGCAGCCACUGAUCACAAUGUGGAUAACACAACAGAAAUCCUCAGGGAGUGGCUGAAGAAUGUACAGAGGCUCUAUCACUACGUGGAAUGGAGGCCCAUGGAUGAGCCUGAGUCUUAUCCUGAUGAAAUUGGUCCAAAGCACUGGCCGGCCUCCCGGUUUGCCCACGUGAUGAAACUACGACAGGCAGCGCUUCGAACUGCGAGGGAAAAAUGGUCAGACUACAUUCUGUUCAUAGAUGUUGACAACUUCCUGACUAAUCCACAGACCCUCAAUCUACUGAUUGCCGAAAACAAAACCAUCGUGGCCCCCAUGCUGGAGUCUCGGGGCCUGUACUCCAAUUUCUGGUGCGGAAUCACACCUCAGGGCUUCUAUAAACGGACCCCAGACUACCUUCAGAUCAGAGAAUGGAAGAGGACGGGCUGCUUUCCCGUCCCCAUGGUCCACUCCACACUCCUGAUUGACCUCAGGAAGGAAGCCUCUGACAAGCUCAUGUUCUAUCCCCCGCACCAGGACUACACCUGGACCUUUGAUGACAUCAUCGUCUUCGCCUUCUCCAGCAGGCAAGCAGGCAUCCAGAUGUACCUCUGCAACAGAGAGCACUACGGCUACCUGCCCAUCCCCUUGAAGCCCCAUCAGACCCUGCAGGACGACGUCGAAACCCUCAUCCACGUGCAGAUAGAAGCAAUGAUUGACCGUCCUCCAAUGGAACCCUCCCAGUUUGUCUCAGUUGUCCCUAAAUACCCAGACAAGAUGGGAUUUGAUGAGAUUUUCAUGAUAAAUCUCAAACGCAGGAAGGACCGGCGGGACCGCAUGCUACGCACCCUGUAUGAGCAGGAGAUCGAGGUCAAGAUCGUUGAGGCUGUGGAUGGAAAGGCGCUCAACACCAGCCAGCUGAAGGCCCUGAACAUUGACAUGCUGCCUGGGUAUCGAGACCCCUACUCCUCCAGGCCUCUGACCAGGGGUGAAAUCGGCUGCUUCCUUAGCCACUACUCUGUCUGGAAAGAGGUGAUUGACCGAGAGCUGGAGAAGACUCUUGUUAUUGAGGAUGAUGUGCGUUUUGAACAUCAGUUUAAGAAGAAGCUGAUGAAACUGAUGGAUGACAUUGACCAGGCUCAGCUGGAUUGGGAACUGAUUUAUAUUGGUAGGAAGAGGAUGCAAGUAAAAGAGCCGGAGAAGGCGGUGCCCAACGUGGUCAACCUGGUUGAAGCCGACUACUCCUACUGGACGCUGGGCUACGCCCUCUCUCUGGAAGGAGCACAGAAGCUGGUUGGAGCUGAUCCUUUUGGGAAGAUGCUGCCAGUGGACGAGUUCCUGCCAAUCAUGUACAACAAGCAUCCUGUAGCUGAGUACAAGGAGCAUUACAAAUCCAGGGACUUGAAAGCCUUUUCUGCAGAACCCUUGCUCAUCUACCCCACACACUACACAGGCCAGCCGGGGUACCUGAGUGACACGGAGACCUCGACCAUCUGGGACAAUGAGACAGUGGCCACUGACUGGGACAGGACACAUUCCUGGAAGUCCCAGAAGCAAGGCCACAUCCACCACAAUGCCAAGAACACAGAGGCCCUGCCACCGCCAACCUCCCUGGACACCGCGCCUUCGAGGGACGAGCUAUGAAGGCUCCACCCGGACGGCAUUCACCACCCUUUGGUUUCUCUGAUGGGCUGUCCAUCUGUUUGCCUCGGCUUCUUCCUAUGGUCACAGUCAUCUAACCCAAGUGAUUGAUCCAAAUUAAUACAUUUUUGAGAGGGGAGGGGAAAUUAGAAAAUUAAAACCCAAAUUUCCUAGGAUGGCUAGAAGGUAGGCUUUAUUGCGCCCAUUAAGAUAAACUUUAAUGUAGACGCCUAGUCCUUUAAUUACCCAUUGAUACUGAUUCUCACAUUAAGGUUGAAAGUAUGGCUCAGAGACUUGUCCAAGAGGAAGGUGAUCACCACAGUGUCACAUCAGUGAAUGGGUGGGCAACCUGCCACGCCCACUGAGGCCACGUCCAUUGGUCUAGUGAGCCCAUUUCAUGUCAUAGGUGUGACCUUAACAAGUUUUGGGGGGAUCAAAUAGUUUAAAAUCAAAUUGGGCUUUUUGUUGAAAGGAAUUGUCAUGAGCCUUAUUGCAAAGCGAAUUUUCUAUCCAAGUCCUCGCUGUCCAACAGGGAUGGGUGUUGGGUCUGUCUGAGCCUUGGCCUUUGACUAUCGUGGCAGCCGGAGCUCUCGUAAUGAGGCUCCAGUGGGCCAUGUGGGUAGCUUAGUAGAUAUUUGGGGGUUUGUGUAACUAUUUGAGGAAAAAAGAACUCAAACUUUGGCCUUUUUAUUGUGGUCAUUGGAAUUAAGAUGCUCUAUUUAUGAAGAUAAAUUUAAUAUAUAAGGGGGGAGGGCUGGUUCUGACUUCUGUCCCAGGGUUUCAGCACGUCAGACGCUCCCCUCCACCCCUGCAUGGGAAUGAAUUGCAGGUGUAAGUUUCAUGAGUUACUGUUAAGAGGCAGCAACUGUCCUUGCCCAAGUUUCAGUCUAGUUUGAAUUAUUUAUUUUACAAAGUAAGGGGGGGAUAUCUGUGUGAUAAGGCAGAGAAACAGAUGUUUUGAACUUCAUCGUGUUUGAAGACUAAACACAAUGGCACCCUGGGGAGCGGUCAGUGUAGACACAUCGGUUCAAUCGUCCGGUUCUCCUGCAUUUCCCAGACAGACUCAUGCCGAGUGGGAGAUUCUAACCGUCCGGAAACAAGUGAUCCAGGUGAGAGACGUUGGUCAGAAACAACGGACUGAGCAACUGAUUGAGGCCAACCACCAGGGAAGCUUCAGGUGGAGUCAGGAUCUGGACAACCUCUGCUUUCUCCAGAUGGAUUUUCUGUCGAAGGCGGAGUUGGACUGCAUCAUCUCUUCCAGCUCCACCGUCUGUGAUCUCCAGCUGUCCCUUGACAGUUUGCUUCAGGUUUAUGUUCUGGUGCCGCAAACAGUAGAGCUUCGCCUCUGGAAUAGCCUCCCCAGCAUUCUGUGCGCACACUCAGUGACCUGAUGUUCGAGCAGAACCCAUGGGCAGGGCUGCUGCGUGUGACAGCUGGGUGCUCCCUGGUGAGGGCCCGGCUGCAGGACAAGGCAGCUCGCCUUCCACAGAAUAGCAGUCUUGGCCUCCCUUCUUGAAUUACCGCUGAUAAUCCUCUACAUAGACUAGACUAAUAAGCCAGGAAACUGAGGCUGACUCCAUUUUUACUGCUUAGACAAACCAUCAGAGCUUGACUCUUUUUUUCUAGAAACAAAACAGGAAGAGCACCUGGAGAGCUUGUGAAAACUCCUUAGGUGAUCCCGAAGGUUCCUUGGGUGUCUUGUAUUUUGUUCGUGUAUUUUAGUGUGUGCGAGUGUGUGUAACGUUCAUAAUACUCUUUAAUGGGGUGGGAGGUGGCUGGGGUAUUGGGAGUGGAGGAGGACUGAGUUGUUUGUGUGGUUUUGUUUAAUAGAGAACAUUUUUUUUUUUUUUGCCUCCAUCAGCUGGUCUGAUGGGUUUCCGAAUUCCCAUUCUUAAAAGACAUUGGUCUUAAACUCUAGAAUUUUAGCUUAGGGCUGUUGUACUGUGAAGAAAGUUCUGGCUCUCUUAGCCCAGCCAUUGCCUUUCCCUGCUCAGGUCUGGAAUCCCAAGCGAUGUUCCUUUGUUGUGAACAUUGCGAACUGCAGACCCAGCAUUCCUUUAAAAAGUUGUCUCUUCAGCAACCCAGGGCUUCCUUGACCUCAUCGUUCUUUCCGCCUCCCCUCUAGUCUUGAGUCAAGAAUUCUGACCUUUGCAGUGUCAGAGGCUCUGCCUCCAACCGUGGCACCUGUUCUCUGCCUCUGGCCAUCAAACCCCACCUGGAUCCCCGGUCUGGAUCUUGGGAUCUGAGGUGGAAUCUUCUGGACAGACGAUGGUGACCUCAGUCAUGCUAGUGCUGCUGAGUGUGGGCUGAGCGACCACGCUUGCAGAGGACACACCGCAUGGUCUUUCUGUGGGGUCCCUGGGCCCCUGCGGGGACUCUUUACAAUGAUGAAGAGCCAGCAUCCCAGCGCCCUACCCUGUCUGUCAUGCUGUGUCAUUUCCAGAGAGGAUGUGAUAAACUACUACUUGCCUUCUAGAGCUCUUUGUGAAAAAUUAAAAAAAAAUAUUUUGGCUCAA